AUGAGUACUGCGAGCAACAAACAACCUGAAAACAAACGGCGCGAGUUGAUUGUUCUUUCUGUCUUGAUCGAGCAUCCUCAGGAAGGGCUAAUUCUGUUUGAGACAGGAUGUGCGGAGGAUAUUGACGCUAAAUGGGGGGCUCCAUUAACAGAUAUUUUCCCUCGAACUGUCUACAACGAAGAACACAAACUUCCUACGGCCAUUAAGGCAACGGGGAACGAUAUCAAAGACAUUAAAGCAAUUGUUUUUGGCCACCUACAUCUUGACCAUGCGGGGGGUCUGGAGCAUUUCGUCGGUACCAAUGUACCGAUCUACGUCCACGAAGAAGAAUUCAAGCACGCCUGUUGGGCGGUUGCCACUGGUGCCGACCUCGGCGUCUAUCUCGCGCAUUACUUGUCUCUCGAUAAACUUAACUGGCAAACGUUUAAUGAGCCCCAUCUGGAUCUUUUCCAGGGCAUCACGGUCCACCACUCUCCCGGCCACACGCCAGGUCUCUGUGUGAUGCAGGUCAACCUCGAAAAGGACGGAACGUUUAUUUUUACCACAGACCAAUUCCAUAUUGCGGAAAACUACGAUAUGUCACACCCGCACGGCUGGCUGGCACGCGACCAUACGGCAUGGUGGAAUAGCUUGCAGAUGAUCAAGCGGCUGCAGAAGCUCUUUGAUGCGGAGCUAGUAUUUGGCCACGAUAAGGAGGUUGCUGUUCGCUUGAUCAAUAAGAAGAAAUUCUUUGAGUGA